AAAGUAAUGACAUUAGAAGAAACAAACCAAAAGCUUUUUGAUUCAAACAACAUCAACCCAUGGCUUCUCUAUCCCAUCCACCAUCUCUAACCCUAACCCCGUUUCUCCGCAAAACAAAAACACUUCUCAUUACUCCACGAAUCUCAUGUAAAGCCACCAAUCACAAUGACCAAAAUUUCCCCAACCCCAAAAUCGAUAGAAGAGACAUUCUCAUCGGCCUCACCGGUCUCUACGGCUCUUCUACUCUCUCCCAAAGUACCCAUUUUGCUCUAGCCGCUCCCAUCGAAACCCCCAACAUCAGCAAAUGUGGCCCGCCAGACCUGCCACCUGGUGCCGACGCAACCAACUGCUGCCCGCCACCGGCCACCACAAUCCUCGACUUCCAACCGCCGCCACCCUCAAAAUUACGUGUCCGACCAGCUGCCCAUUUAGCUGAUAGAAACUAUAUAGAAAAAUACAAAAAAGCGGUUGAAUUAAUGAAAGCACUUCCAGAAGAUGACCCACGUAGCUUCACACAACAAGCAAAUGUUCAUUGUGCUUAUUGUAAUGGGGCGUACGACCAAGUGGGGUUUCCGGUGGAGGUGCAAGUUCAUAAUUCAUGGCUGUUUUUUCCGUUCCAUAGAUUUUAUCUUUACUUUCACGAGAAGAUAUUGGGAGAGUUGAUUGGGGAUCCGAGUUUUGCUUUACCGUUUUGGAAUUAUGAUGCUCCGGAUGGAAUGAAAAUGCCUGGAAUGUAUGCAGAAGAGAAAUCUUCGCUUUAUGAUGAAUUACGAAACGAAAAUCAUUUGCCGCCAAGAUUGGUGGAUUUGGAUUUUGGGGGAGUUGAUCCUAAUAUUGGUGAUGAUGCACAAAUAAAGAGUAAUCUUAGUAUAAUGUAUCGGCAGAUGGUUUCUGGUAGUCGUACGCCUUCUUUGUUUUUUGGUAGUGCUUAUGUAGCGGGUGAUGAGCCUUCACCAGGAGGUGGUUCAGUAGAGAAUAUUCCACAUGGACCGGUUCACGUAUGGUGCGGCGACACCGACCAACCCAACUUCGAAAACAUGGGAAACUUCUACUCUGCUGCCAGGGACCCCAUUUUCUUUGCCCAUCACUCCAACAUCGAUCGCCUCUGGUCCGUCUGGAAAACCCUAGGUGGACGACGACAGAACCUUCAAAACCCGGAAUGGCUCAAUGCCUCUUUCAUUUUCUACGACGAGAAAGCCCAACCCAUCCGAGUCCGUGUCCGUGACUGCCUCGACUCCAAAUCCCUCGGCUACAUCUACCAACCCGUCGACCUCCCAUGGCUCCAAACCCGCCCCACUCCUCGCCGAGCCCAAAAAACAAGUACCGUUGCCUUUGGCAUUGCCCCCGCCCUCGCCGCUGGCGGCCCAUCAUCCAGCCGUGUCAAACCAGCUAACAUCAAGUUUCCAAUAACCGUGAAGUCGCCAGUGAGUGUGGAAGUGAAGAGGCCAAAGAAAUCGAGAAGCAAGAAAGAGAAAGAGGAGGAAGAGGAGGUUUUGGUAAUUUACGGAAUUGGAUUUGAUCCUAACAAUGGCAUAAAAUUUGAUGUUUUUAUUAACGAUGAAGAUGACAAAGAAAUUAAACCCGAUAAUACUGAAUUUGCGGGCAGUUUUGUGAAUGUACCACAUAAGCACGGGCACAAGAAGAAGGUGAAGACCGGGCUGAGGGUGGGAAUAACGGAAGAGCUUGAGGAUUUGGAAGCUGAUAAUGAUGACAGUAUCAUCGUCACCAUCCUUCCUAGGAUUGGAGCUGGCUUGUUCUCCAUUGAUGGGUUAAAGAUUGAAUUUGACAAGUAAAUUUAACUCUUUGGGGAUGGGGUUAUUGUUAAUAUAAUUAAGGUCAACAAAACCUUUGUUUAUUUGAAUAUGUUUUUGUACGUAAUAAUUUGGGAUAUGUGUGUUUUACAAGACUUUUUGUAAGUCGUUUUCUGAAUAAUUAUCACAGGUGAAACUGUUGAAAGCUGUAAUAAUGAAACAAAUAUAUGUUUGAGAUUACCAUUGAAGUUGUUAAAAUUACUUCAUUUAUAUUUAAUAUCA